AUGAAAUUCGGGAAAGAGUUUAAGAUACAUUUAGAAGACACACUGCCUGAAUGGAGGGACAAGUAUUUGUGUUACAAGCCUUUAAAGAAGCUUCUUAAAAAUAUACCGGCCGCGGAUCUUCCACCAGACGGAGAUGAGUUGGCGCCGCCUCCGCCGCCAGCCGAGCUCCAUGACUGGUUUGUCGGGAUUCUUAACGAAGAACUCGAAAAGUUCAACGAUUUCUUCGUCGAUAAAGAGGAAGAAUUCAUCAUCCGCUUCCAGGAGUUGAAGGAAAGAAUUGAACGAGCGAAAGAAAAAGGCGGUAGAGACGGAGUCUUUAGAUCAGAUACUGAAUUUAGUGAAGAGAUGAUGGACAUACGCAAAGACUUCGUUUCCAUUCAUGGCGAAAUGGUUCUUCUGAAAAAUUAUAGCUCUCUUAAUUUUGCUGGUCUUCUGAAGAUUUUGAAGAAAUAUGAUAAAAGAACCGGGGGAUUAUUACGCCUUCCUUAUACACAGCUUGCUGUUCAUCAGCCUUUCUUCACCACUGAACCUCUCACGCGAUUAGUUCACGAGUGUGAGGAAAAUCUUGAGCUCCUCUUCCCGCUAGAAGCCGAGGUUGUCGAGUCAACUUCCGUUGCACAAGAUCAGAUGGAUACAGUUCAUAGAAACCCUUCAAAUGAUUGCCUCGAGACAAACUUGUCGCUUGGGGAGGAGAAUGUAGAUAUAUACCGGAGCACCCUUGCUGCAAUGAGAGCUAUAAAGGGCCUUAAAAAGGCGAGCUCUACUUAUAAUCCAUUUUCGUUUUCAUCUCUCGUUGGAAGUGUGGAUAAUGACAUUACAGGCGUUGUAACAGCUGAAAACUCGCCCUGUGAUUCCUUUGCAACCUUGCAAAACCAGGACGAAGCGAAUGAAGACGAUGCUGGUGCUCCCAAAUAG